GGUGGGGGAUAAAAGGAUAGAGGAGGAAGUUGACUUUUAAUAUAAAUGAGUGUUUUUAAAUAGGUGUCAUUUUAAACAUUUUAUCUGAAGGAGGCAAGCGGACAUUAGAAGGAUGUUUCGUUUCACUCUCCUUGUGUUACUCUGUUGUGCCACCUCCAUCAGUGCAGGAGCAAUUAAGAAACGUUCUGCUUCCCAUUCUGGCGAGUAUGGGGGGAAUGGAGGAUUGCGCUUCUCACAUUCAAUAAACCAACUGAAUGGACCUAUAACCGCCCUUAAGAUUCGGGUAAACCCAUCAUACAUCACGGGCCUCCAGGUCCGGUAUGGGAAGGAAUGGAGCGACUACGUGGGUGGCCCAUCAGGUGAACUGGAGAUGAUCGUGCUGCACCCAGGAGAGUCCAUCACCCAAGUCUCGGGGAAGUUUGAUUCGUACAUCCGCAAACUUAAAUUCCAAACCAACUUUGGACGGCGCUUUUCUUUUGGAGUUGAUGUGGGCACCAGUUUUAGCGCAAGUCCGCUCUUCCCAGGAGCUACUCUGAUUUACAUCAGUGGCCGCUCUGGCUCUUGGAUUGAUGCCAUCAGUUUCCACUGGAACAAUAAGCCUAAUGGAGGAACUGGACAGUGAGGCCAAACUGUUUAAUGGAUAUGAGGGAGUGGAGGUGGUCUCUUCCAUCCCUCUCUGUGAGCUUUAUCAGUUGCUGUAUAUGAUGAUUCUUUCAGCCACCUCAAUAUUCCUUGUUCAUCUAUGUUGCUUUUUCCAGUAUUUCUUCUAGCUGUGUACUUCUUCCCCCUUCCCUCAUUCCCAUACCAACUCCACCCCCCCUUCCAAAGUCCACCAGUUAAUCCAACAUUUUCUGUCCUUCUCUUGUAAAUCAGUUCAAGCACUUAACUAGGCAUCUCAUUCAUGCCUUACUUCUCUAUACCUUCCUCUCCAGUGAAAUGAAAAGCUUUGCUGGCAAUGACUGCCACACAUUAAAAGGCAAAUUUGAAAAUGUU